CCUAGGCCCAAACCCUGGCCCCUGCUUGAUGUGUGUCCCCAGGGCAGUCCCUUUCCCUCUCUGAGCCACUUCCCUCGUGAAUGGGAUGAUGAGGUCUUGUUGCCGGAGCAGAGUCAGUGAGUUGGCAGAGUGCAGCUUCCAGCCUUGGGCAGGUGCCUGAUGCACACAGGUUCCCCCUUGGGGUCUGGCCAGGGGUGUGACCCCCGGGCCUAUGAGCCAUGGGGUAGCACCUGAGGCCGUCAACGCCUCCCCGGAUAUAGCCACCGUGUCCGGGGUCCUGCUUGUGUGCCUGUUGCAGCUUCCCUUCCCCAGUGGCUGCUCCCCUGAGGCCCGGCUUUCCGUUCUCUUAGUGGGUCUCGUGCUUACCAGCGGGGGCCAGGCCUGUCAGCACAGGAACAAUAUGACUCGGUCAGAGCUCUGGUCAGACCCCUGUGUGUGCCUGGCAGGAGCCCCGGCAGCCGCCAUCGCUACUUCCUGUGCGCACAGCAACCCCUCCCAGUGUUCUGUGACUCGGGUGGCUCCUGUUCAAGUCCUAGUUUGUCCCCUGGAGCACUCCCAGGUCCUCCAGGCCAUGAGCUGCGUCCCUGAUGUCUCUACUCCAGCCACAGACUGGGAGCGCAUAGGAGUGUCCCCAAACAGCAGUCACGAUGGUCACGGCCGUGGCUUCCACAUAGUGAGUGCUGUCCACAGACAGACGUGGCACUGUGCCACGUGUGUGACUCACAGCCUCUCCUGUAACCUCAACAACCAGUCGAGGAGGUAGAGGUUAUUGUCCGCAUCUUUAUAAGCACUAAAGGAUGAGCCUGCCAGCCACAGGUCCCACUGUGAGUUGUGGGCACUACAUUUCUGGGAUGGGGGCAUAGGAGAGUCCUUGCCAGGCACCUUCGAAGGUCCUCCCAGCCAGCCCCUCUCCCAGCGGGCUGCCCUUGAGUUAGGGCUGUGUCCCCCCACUUGCUGUGUAGCUUUGGGGAGUCCCUCAACCUCUCGGAACCUUGUUUUUCUCACCCAUCAAAUGGAGAGAAGUAGAUUUAAGGCACAGGAUCGCAACCAGCAGUGCAGGUGUUCUCGGCGGCGCUGCAGGUUCAGUUCCAGAGCAUUGGGGUAAAGUGAGUCACACGGAUGUUCUGGUGUUCCAGUGCAUUUAAAAGUUAGAUUUAGACCGGGCACAGUGGCUCAUGCCUGUAAUCCCAGCACUUUGAGAAGCCGAGGUGGUGGAUCACUUGAGGUCAAGAGUUUGA